AUGGCGCCAGCAGAGAAAUCGCGAGCAAUCGACACCUCAAAUCCGCCAUUAGCUGAUUAUUUCUGGAUUGCUGGCGUGGACAGCCAGCAACUUCUUGACGCCUAUAAGCCGCACCGGUGGUCCUACGAAGGUCCCGAGGCUCUUGGCGUUGGUUCUGAUCUCUCUGCCGAAGCGCCCAUACAAGAAGAUGUUGUUGCGGAAUUGGCUGCAACAUCAUCGCCGCUGCAGUCUCCCCGGACUAAUGGCCACGGACAUAAGCGGAAAGACUCGUAUCAACGAUUGUCUGACUUGUCUGGAGAAGCCCGAAGUUCCAUUCAGUCACUAGAGAAUGGCACAACGCACAGCCGCAGCAGCAGCAUGACCAUAAAGGCCGCCACGACUUCGAUCACCAAUGGCGGCGGCAACAGCGACAAGCGGAUGUCCACUGUGAUCAGCGAUCUGGACUUCGAAAAUGCCAUGCAGAAAUUUACGAAUGACCGAGAGUCGUUCUUCCUCGACCUGAACUUCAGCAACAACGCCACUACCAACAAGGCCAAGUCACGGGCGUCAAGGUCGAGACCACGCACGCAGAAGAUAGUCUCACAGGAUGUGGAACCAGUUCCAAAUGGUCUGAGUCGUCAUCUUGGUAGCGUGCGGAGACAUUUGUCGGUGAAAGACUUGUCGAGCUCGAAACGACAGCCAUCAAUGGCGCAUCGGAUGUCAACACGAACCACCAAACGAAUCAGUAGCUACAAUUCUGUUGUGCCCAGCCCCGAAGCACUUCGUUCCUCGCCAGAGCAGCACCCUUUGCGCCGAAAAUUCGAACCCGUGCUGCUCGACAGAUACCCACGUUCAAGCAUGGCUGAUGAGAUGUCGAAACGGGACCGGAUGCCAGAGUAUCUCCCUAUGUUCGCGUUCCCAAAUGAUAUAAGUAUUGUUUCUUCAGAUAGUCGACCGCACUCAACAUGGCAUGAAUUCUCCAUGACCGCCGGAGACAACACCAAAAUUCCAGCAGUGUGUAUAAUCGUAUACAUCCCGCUCAAGCGUGAGACUGCCGACGAGCUAGAGCAACGAUGCGAAGAAUGGCGACGUGCAAACAUGACCGAAGCCGAGCGAGAAAUGGCGGCGUCGCUCGCGGAAAGACUCGCAUUGGAGCGUGCGAAGCUAUCACAGUUACUCGCCAGACUUCCCUCUGUCGAAGGCGACGCGAGACAAGACCUAGAGGACGAGAUCGGUACCGUGGAAGAGAGAAUUGCGGUCAUGGCAGAUAUGCUGCGACCACUGCGCCAUGGUGCCGCAUCAAGGAUCGAUGGCUUGACAGACGAUGAUAGCACUGGACUAUGGAUACCUCGAGCAUACGGGGUUCUUGGCAAAGAUCCUUGCAUGAGCUCCUUCUUGCGACAAUGGCUACGUGCAGUCGCAGUGCCAAUGCAUGAUGGAUCCAUUCUGAGGGUGCCCGCUUCGUCCCCUCGGAUUGGCAUGUGGCAGCCAUUGGAGCAAUAUGUUCAUGUGCUCUGUUCGUUGGCUGCUCGUCCUACGACGUCCAAGACUCAGCUCGAUCUCAAGAUAAGAGAACUACACCUCUACGCCAAGAAGGAAGCACACAACGAACUUCCUGGCGCAAGGACGACCGAUCUUUGGCCUCUUUUCCGAGCGCUGACGAUUCCAAACAUCAUCGUACUGCUAGAGUACGUGUUGUCCGAGUCGAGGAUUAUCCUGAUUUCGUCUCACACCUCUAUGCUGCAACUUGUCAGUCGUGCCAUGCUAGAGUUGAUCUGGCCGUUCAAGUGGGCGGGUGUCUACAUUCCUGUGCUACCGAGUCGGCUAGUACAAGCGCUCGAAGCCCCGUGUCCAUACAUUUGUGGCAUCGAUCGCAGCUAUGAAAAGUGGGAGCUGCCAGAAGAUGACUUUGUGCUUGUCGACCUCGACAAAAACGAGCUGCAGAGCACUGCUCAUCCGCCGGCACUGCCUAAACAGAUACGACGGAAGCUGAUGGCCCUGCUUCAUCUCGCAGCGCCGCAUCACCAUAGUUUUGGCGUCACUCCAGGUCCCCCAGUAUACGCAAUUGAGACAUACCCCUACAAUUCCUUUGCGGCAGACCAUCCGUCGGUGUUCACGGGCAUUGCGCAGUCAACGAAUCUCAGCAAAUUGGUCAGCCUCUCUUCAACGAUGUUUGGACCACAAGCGGCAGCAGACACCAUAAGGCGAGCUCCUAUUCUCAAUGCAUUCUUAGCCAACGGCCCGACGAGGGCGAAGUCCACCGAGCGGCCACGCACUGCGUCCACGGCUAGCCGCCAACCACCUUCACAUCCAGAUUCAACAUCGCCUGUCACAAGUAAUUUUCCGCCAGCACCUCUGACACCUACCUCCCGCAACGACUCAGGCUAUGCACUUCAGACAUCGCUCCGCGAGAAACGAUCAGGCCACUUUGAUUCUCACUCGAAGCGCAAUCCAUCCAUGUCUGGGCUAUCCACUCAAUUUUCGUCAAUGGGCAUGCGCCGGAGAGGUUCGCAGCCUUUCAACGGCAGCACUGCCUCACCAACAAGCCGCCACAACGCAUCACCCUCAACCACUUCGAUCUCGCCAGCAGAUUACUAUCCUUCUCCCUACCAACAACAGAUCCCGCCUACCUCGACGUACGCGCCUUCAACCUAUGCUCAGUCAACUCUUGCCGCCUCCACCAUCAUGCCCCAUCUCCACGUCCAACCUCCGCCCGUCAGCAAUAGCGCCACCACGCAAUGGAUCGAGGGGCACAUGCUGCUUCGCCGACCUGCCACUGAAGGCAUGUCGACCUGUGUUCUCUGCGACGAGAGGCCGAGCCUGGCACUUUCUUUCGUUGUCAAGGCUGCGGCUUUGUUGUGCAUGCUACGGCAGGAUCGGGUGGCAGUGGCUUCAGCUGCGCGUCUCAGAUCACCGUUCCCUGCCCUUCCGCCUUCUACCCAGAUCAGGAAGUAUCUCGUCCCGAUAGCAAAUGCGUCCAUCAAUGGCAGUGGGACUGGAAGCGCCUCUUCCAGACGCCAGGUAUCACAGCAACCACCUGCCUUGAAGGGUAGCAGUAGUCUGGUUGCCAAAUUUGAUCUGCCCGCGUUCACACGCUCUCUCGAGCGCGACCACGGCGAAUACAUCACCAUGCUAGGCAGUACUCAAGGUUUUAUGGAGUUUGUUGGUGAGAGGGAGGUCAGCAAGGACACACUGAGCGAAGACGAUCGCGUGAGGAUUCAGCUCUUCGAUGCUAUCAUCCUGGCCAAGGCGAAGCGAGGCGGCAAAGCACGAUGGGGCAUGUCGCGCGGCCCGAGUCUGGGUUCAGGAUUGAUGUCUUCCGCCAGCAGCGGUGCGAGAGGUGUGUUUGGGAGCAGAAGCGUGAGUAGCAGCGCCACGAAUGGAGCUGGGUACGAUAGUGGGGGUAAUGGCGCGGAUUUGCUCAACGACACAUCCACCCAUCAGUGGCGGCCGGUGGCGGCGCCGGGUUCUAGUAGUGACAAGCCUGACAUCAGUCCUCAGGCGGCUAAGGGGAGGGAGUAUCGACAGAUCAUUAGUCGUGUGCCUGCGACUUUAGAGGAGGCGCUAUUCCCCGGCUCUGCUACGACGUCCUCGAGAAAGAGUGUAGGAAGCAGCAAUCGAGUACCGAGCCUGCCAAAGCUGCCGGAUCCGAGCAAGUGGAGCGUCAAACAUGGGGAGGGAGAGCAACCAACCACGAUCAACACUGUCAGAAACUCGUUCGCGUCAACCGUGGCAACCGACAGAGGACAAGCUGAUCCAGAUGAGCAAGUGCCGCCUGUACCUGUGGUGCCGGCAGAGAGCAGUAGUAGCGCGACCGGUACGUGGGGCAAGUCGGGUCCGCCGCGAAUAUCAGCAUCUCCUGCAACGACAGAAGCAGUGUCGACCGCCAAAGAGAAAGACAAUCACAAACGCGGCAAAUCCUCCGCAACGACUGCUUCGACCAAUACCACAAAAAUGGCCGCGGCCGCAGCUGCUGCUGCAGCAACGUCACUGAGGUCGCCGACUUCAACCACCGCUCCGGCGGGAGAGAUGAGGACGCCAAAGAAGAAGUCUUCGGGUAUGCGGAAGCCGGCGCCUUUGCAACCGACGACUGGGGCAGCAGCGAAGGAGCGGGCGGUCUCUGGGUAUGGGAGCAGCAAUCCGCCAAGGAGUCCGGCGGCUGAGCGCGGGAUGAACGGUUUGGGGAUGCAUAGUCCUGUUGUGGAUCGAUUUGAGUGA